UUCAUACCUGCAAGAUUCAGGUUUGCUUCUACAUCUCUUGCCUGUGCAUCUCUGCCAACAGAGCCUAUUGCCAGCUGUCUAAGCUGAAGAACAGUAAUCCACUUCUUACUGCCAUGAGGAAAAUGUACAGCCUCGUUCUCUUUGUGGUGGGCUCCUUUUGUCUGAACGGAAGCAUGGCAGCAGAUGCUGAAGAAAAACUAAUGAACCACCUGCUGAGUCCUGACAGGUACAAUAAGUUAAUUCGACCAGCUGUCAACUCCUCCCAGCUGGUAUCCAUAGAACUGCAGGUUUCCCUGGCACAGCUCAUCAGUGUGAAUGAACGGGAGCAGAUCAUGACUACAAACGUGUGGCUGAACCAGGAGUGGAUUGAUUAUCGGCUGGCUUGGAAGCCCUCUGACUUUGAAGGAAUCAAUAAGCUGAGAAUACCUUCAAAGCACAUCUGGCUGCCAGACAUUGUGCUUUACAAUAAUGCCGACGGCACGUACGAGGUCUCGCUGUACACAAAUGCCAUUGUACAGAACAAUGGAAGCAUUCGCUGGCUGCCACCAGCCAUUUACAAGAGUGCCUGCAAGAUUGAGGUGAAGCAUUUCCCAUUUGACCAACAGAACUGCACCCUCAAGUUCCGCUCCUGGACCUACGACCACACAGAAAUUGAUAUGGUGCUUAAGACUUCCACGGCGAGCAUGGAUGACUUCACACCAAGCGGAGAGUGGGACAUUGUAGCACUACCAGGAAGAAGGACUGUAAACCCUCUGGACCCCAAUUAUGUCGAUGUGACAUAUGACUUCAUUAUUAAAAGGAAACCACUUUUUUAUACCAUCAAUCUUAUAAUUCCCUGUGUGCUAAUUACAUCCUUAGCCAUCCUAGUAUUCUACUUGCCUUCAGACUGUGGUGAAAAAAUGACUUUAUGCAUAUCUGUGUUGCUUGCCCUGACUGUGUUCUUGCUGCUGAUCUCCAAAAUUGUCCCUCCAACAUCUCUAGAUGUUCCGCUGAUUGGCAAGUAUCUCAUGUUUACAAUGGUGCUGGUGACCUUCUCAAUAGUGACCAGUGUCUGUGUGCUCAAUGUCCACCACAGAUCUCCAAGUACUCACACUAUGCCCCCUUGGGUAAAGCUGGUUUUCCUCGAAAGGCUCCCGGCAUACCUGUUCAUGAAGCGCCCAGAAAAUCAUUCUCCACGGCAAAAGCCAUGCAACUGCAAAAAGACAAAAGCAGACAAUCCUUGUAUGGAGCCAUCUGACUUCUACAAGAACUCUACCUACUUUUUGAAUACAGCUUCUGCCAAAAGAUAUGAUAUGAAACUCUCUGAGACACCCGACAAUGUCAGCAGUCAUCGGGAUUUUAGGUUAAGAACAGGUGCGAAAUUUUCUCCCGAAGUGCGAGAAGCAAUUGAUGGAGUCAGUUUUAUAGCAGAGCACAUGAAAAGCGAUGACAACGACCAGAGUGUCAUUGAAGAUUGGAAAUAUGUUGCCAUGGUAGUGGACAGGCUGUUUCUCUGGAUAUUUGUCCUUGUUUGUGUCCUGGGGACUGUUGGAUUAUUUCUGCAACCACUUUUUCAAAACCACACUGCUGCCAUAAACCCUUAGCUGUUAUUUUAAAUGUCAAUACUUACACAGACAUUUGGUCUCAUUCUGCUCUCAGUUCCCCUUUGUUAACUCCACAAAGGUGCCAAGUGAGUUGCACUUACAUCCCUUAGAGUAAGGAAAAAGAACAUAGAACUUGAUUUACUGGGAUAGGAAAAAACCAAAACAAAUAAAAAACUAUUUUUUUUCAGUGAGUCCAGUACUUCUGGUGAUAUCUUGCCCUUUUUUCAAUUAUUUGAAGUCUGAACAUUACAGUGAGGGAUUUUUGCUGUACAAGAUGUCAUCCUGGCAUCAUCAUCAUCAUAUUAUUAUGUAUUUUAAAUACAUUGCCUUAGGAGGGAUAUUUUCUUUCCUUAGA